AUGGCAUUCCGACAGCGCCUCGCAAAGCCCCUCCUCUACACCUCGGGAGCUGCGCUGAUCGGUGGUGGCUCCCUCUACUAUGCCUACCGACCCCUCAAUAUCCCCGGAUCAAACCCCGCAACCGUACCUCCCCCUGGCUACGGCGCCGAAGGCGGUUUCCGCCCCCCACGAUUCCCGAAAGUCAAGACAAGAGAUGAUCAGAUUGCGGAUUUGAAGCGCAGUGGUGGUUCGGGACUGCUUGCUGGCAACAGCGCCGAAGGGAGCUCUGCAACUGCUCCGCCGAAUGAGGAUGAUGUGUAUGAUUUGUUAAUUAUUGGAGCUGGAGCUACCGGUGCGGGUGUCGCCCUCGACGCUGCAACGAGAGGGCUGAAGGUCGCGGUUGUGGAGAGGGACGACUUUGCGAGUGGGACAAGUAGCAAGAGUACAAAACUGGUACAUGGUGGUGUGCGAUAUCUAGAGAAGGCGUUUUUCGAGAUGGAUUACAACCAAUACGCGCUUGUCAAGGAGGCAUUGAGGGAACGGAAAUUCUUCUUGGAAACGGCGCCGCAUUUGUCGAGUUGGCUUCCUAUCAUGCUGCCAUUGGAUAAGUGGUGGAAAGCUCCAUAUUACUGGAUUGGCACAAAGGCUUACGAUUUUUUGGCCGGAUCGGAGGGCAUUGAAAGUUCCUACUUUCUUACCAAGAGCAAAGCUUUGGAUGCCUUCCCUAUGCUGAAGCGGACGAACUUGGUUGGAGCUCUAGUUUAUUACGAUGGAGCUCACAAUGAUUCGAGAAUGAAUGUGUCACUGGCCAUGACGGCUGCCUUGUACGGCUCUACCGUUGUCAAUCACAUCGAAGUCACCGGUUUAGAAAAAGAUGCAUCCGGAAAGCUUUGUGGGGCCCGUGUCAAAGAUAUUGUUGCAGAGAAGAACGGAAAGAAGGCCGAAGAAUUCGUCAUCCGGGCAAGGGGUAUCAUCAAUGCCACUGGACCUUUCACAGACUCAAUCCGAAAAAUGGAUGACGAUGAAGUCAAGGAAAUCGUUGCCCCCAGUUCCGGAGUCCACAUCGUCCUGCCAGGGUACUACAGUCCUCAAAAGAUGGGCCUCAUUGACCCCAAAACCUCUGACGGAAGAGUAAUCUUCUUCCUGCCAUGGCAAGGCAACACCAUCGCCGGUACAACCGACGCACCCUGUAAUAUUUCCGCGAACCCUAUCCCUCAGGAAACCGAAAUUGACUGGAUCCUGUCUGAAAUCAGACGCUACCUUUCACCCGACAUCAACGUCCGCCGCGGCGACGUCCUCGCAGCAUGGUCCGGCAUCCGUCCCCUCGUCAAGGAUCCCAACGCGAAGAAUACCGAAUCUCUUGUUCGCAACCAUCUCAUAAACGUUUCUCCAGCAGGCCUCCUCACCUGUGCAGGAGGAAAAUGGACAACGUACCGUCAAAUGGCCGAAGAGUGCGUCGACGAGGCCAUCAAGGAAUUCGCGCUCAAGCCAGCGCCCUUCCCUAACGCCCCCGAUGUCUCCGGAACCGAAAUGGUUAACGACGGGGCACGUCUCGAUGGCACAUGUCAAACGCACCAAGUUAAGCUUGUUGGCGCGCACGGCUUCAGCAAGACGCUGUUCAUCAACUUGAUCCAACAUUUUGGACUCGAGACAGAUGUUGCGAAGCAUUUGACUGAAUCGUAUGGUGAUAGAGCGUGGACUGUCGCUGCGUUGAGCAGUCCAACUGAACAGCGUUAUCCUGUGCGUGGAGAGAGGAUCAGCCCGCUUUACCCAUUCAUUGAUGGCGAGGUCAGAUAUGCUGUUAGACACGAGUACGCGCAGACAGCUGUCGAUGUCAUUGCACGCCGGACCCGUCUUGCAUUUUUGAACGCACAGGUUGCGUUGGAGGCGUUACCUAAGGUUAUUGACAUCAUGGCUGGAGAGUUGAAGUGGGAUAGCAAGAGAAAGGAGGUCGAAUGGAAAGAUUAUACAACAGCCGUUGCAUUCCUCGAAUCCAUGGGCCUCCCAAAAUCCAAACUCACCGCCACACGCAAGGAAGUCGAGAGCGGCAAGACGAGCUUCAAGGAUAGUAUCGAGUACAAGAUGUACUCACGGCACGACCAGCCGAACGAUGAAAUGGAGAGCGAUAGCAAGGGGAGUCGGGCAUGA